AUGUCCGAGAAUAAAGACAUCCGGAACCCCCAUCCGGACUUCAAAACAGUAGAAGCCUCCCGCCCGGACUGGGACCCCAAAGCCCUCCGCUACACAAAAACCCCGGACCCAAGCUGGACCUACGGAUCCGGACCCAAUGCCACCUCUUCCGUCGCCUCUCCUCCACGAAGCAAUGCAACCUCGACCCCUCCAGCCCACAUCCCCAUAGACCCGUACGCGGCAAACCGGCCCCCAGGCGCCAACUACAAACUCCUCAUCUCCUCCAUCGCCCCCCGCCCCAUCGCCCUCCUCUCCACCCGCUCCCCGGACGAAGCGCGCGACUCCGACGCCGAGAAAGACAACCUAGCCCCCUUCAGCUUCUUCAACGUCCUGAGCCACGACCCGCCCCUCUUCGCCCUCGGCUUCGCCUGCAGCCUGGCCCGCCCCAAGGACUCGCUCCGCAACCUCGUCGACACGCGCGAGUGCGUCAUCAACCUGGUCGGCGAGCCCCUCCUCGAGGCGGCCAACGCGGCGAGCAUCGACAGCCCGCGUGGGGUGAGCGAGUGGGUCGUUUCCGGGCUCACGCCCGUGCGGGACGCGGAGACGGUGCGGUGCGCGCGCGUUGCCGAGGCGGUGGUUUCGAUUGAGGCGAAGCUGGAUUUCGUGAGGGAGUAUGAGAGUCGGGGGGCGCCUGGGAGGAUUGGCUCGACGGUGGUUAUUGUGGAGGGGACGAGGUUUUGGGUGCGGGGGGAUGCGGUGAAUGAGGACCGGAGUGUGGUCGAUUUGUCGGUGUUACGACCCAUAAGUCGACUGGGAGGUAUCUCGUAUGGACGCACCACCGAGGCCGUCGAACUCCUGCGGCCUGUGUUUGAGGAAACGCUGGGCAUGGACGGGUACGAGAAGCUGAAGGAAAAGAGACGACAGCAAGAGAGGCAGCUUCAAAACGGAGAGCCGAACUGA